GGGAAAUGAUUGUGUACUAGGCAAAAGACUGGACAAAAUCAUAUAUCUUCCUGCCACGUCACAUCAUGUGGGAACCACCCCUACCUCCUUUGGGGGCAGUACCCGAAGCCUUGGUGAUGUGAAGCUGGAUCUGCUUCCCCUUUUGGCUCAUUCCCUGCAACUCCCACCCCCAUGUCUAUGUUCAGUUUUCACAGCAACCCGCUCUGACUUCUCCAUAAUCCUGGAGUCCCCCCACCUCCACCCUACCUGAUGAGUAACUCAAGACUGGUCUCUCUGCCCUCUCUGUCUUAUUAUCACACAGAGAAGUCAUUGUUUUCUCCAGAAUCUGUGGUACUGUUCUAGCUUCAUUUAUAGCAGUUAUAAGACAGAAGCAUUUAUGGAUUGUGAGUUCCUUGGAUUGAGAACACUCAUUUUCACUAGCAAAUUCUUAGCCCUUGUACAAGUGCCCAUCACAGAGUAAGCCCCUGGCAGAUGUUCAUGGAUGAAUAAAUGCUGUUUGUCCUGUGUAUCCUGAAGGCCACAAGUUCCACUAGCAGACUUUCAUGAAGUACCUAUUAUGCUUUCUUCAAUGUACAUGCCAACAGACCUUUGAUCCUGGCUGACUCACUAUUGCAGAUUCCUAUAUUGACAGUGAAAUGCUUUCCUAGAAGCAUUUUAAGCAGGACAAGGUAGGACUUCUCCUUGGAGGAAGAACACUGUGUGUGGCCAGUGUCACCCACCAGAGCACCCCUGUGUGGUAUAUGUAUGGUGCCAGAGAGUCAUGCCCGUUAGUCCUGGGUCCCUCCUGAUGUCCUGCAAGGCCUCAGCUCUCCCACACUCCAGGGCCGCCCCACUGCACCCCAGAGGCUUGCUGGCCCCGCCCCGGAGCCCUCUGUGCAGCACUGCCCCUGCCUAGCCAGUUCUCCUGCAGCCCUGAGGAAGACCUGCGGCCAGCCUCCAGAAGACUCAGCAUUUCGUCUUUGGUUGGUGGCUAGUGCUGGGCGUCCCUGUGGCAAGAGGAUGGCGGUGCUGCAGCAGCUGGCCCUCCUGCUGUGGAAGAACUACACCUUGCAGAAGCGGAAGGUUCUAGUGACAAUCCUGGAACUCUUUCUGCCCUUACUGUUUUCUGGGAUCCUGAUUUGGCUUCGUUUGAAGAUCCAGUCAGAAAAUGUGCCCAAUGCUACGGUCUACCCUGGUCAGUCCAUCCAGGAGCUGCCCCUGUUUUUCACCUUCCCUCCGCCAGGGGACACCUGGGAGCUCGCCUACAUCCCUUCCCACUCUGAGGCUGCCAAGACCAUCACUGAGACUGUGAGAAAGUCCCUAGUGAUCAACAUGAGAGUGCGUGGCUUUCCCUCUGAGAAGGACUUCGAGGACUACGUUCGGUUCGACAACCACUCCUCCAAUGUGCUGGCUGCCGUGGUGUUCCAGCUGGCCUCCAACCACAGCAAGGAGCCCCUGCCGCUGGCGGUGAAAUAUCACCUACGCUUCAGCUACACACGAAGGAAUUACAUGUGGACCCAAACUGGCAACUUCUUCCUGAAAGAGACAGAGGGCUGGCACACCACUUCCCUUUUUCCACUUUUCCCAAACCCAGGACCAAGGGAACCUGCAUUCCCUGAUGGUGGGGAACCUGGAUACAUCCGCGAAGGCUUCUUGGCAGUGCAGCACGCCGUGGACAAGGCCAUCAUGUACUACCACGCCAAUGCCUCUGCGCAUCAGCUGUUCCAGAAACUCACUGUGGUCGCCAAGAGAUUCCCGUUUCCACCAUUCAUCUCAGACCCCUUCCUUGUUGCCAUCCAGUACCAGCUGCCCCUGCUGCUCAUGUUGAGCUUCACCUACACCUCCCUCUCCAUCAUCCGGGCUGUAGUGCAGGAGAAAGAGAGAAGACUAAAGGAGUACAUGCGCAUGAUGGGGCUGAGCAGCUGGCUGCACUGGAGCGCUUGGUUCCUCAUGUUCUUCCUCUUCCUCCUCAUCGUGGUCUCCUUCAUGACCCUGCUCUUCUGCAUCAAGGUGAAGAAGGACGUGGCAGUGCUCUCAAGCAGUGACCCCUCCCUGGUGCUGGCCUUCCUGCUGUGUUUUGCCAUCUCCUCCAUCUCCUUCAGCUUCAUGGUCAGCACCUUCUUCAGCAAAGCUAACAUGGCAGCAGCCAUUGGCGGUUUCCUCUACUUCUUCACCUACAUCCCCUACUUCUUUGUGGCUCCUCGGUACAACUGGAUGACAUUGACCCAGAAGCUCUUUUCCUGUCUCCUGUCCAAUGUUGCCAUGGCAAUGGGAGCCCAGCUCAUAGGAAAAUUCGAAGCCAAAGGCAUGGGCAUCCAGUGGCGAGACCUCCUGAGUCCUGUCAAUGUGGAUGAUGACUUCUGCUUUGGGCAAGUGCUGGGGAUGCUGCUGCUGGACUCUGUGCUCUAUGGCCUGGUGACCUGGUAUGUGGAGGCUGUCUUCCCUGGCCAGUUCGGUGUGCCCCAGCCCUGGUACUUCUUUCUCAUGCCCUCCUACUGGUGUGGGAACCCGAGGACAGUUGUUGGGAAAGAAGAAGAAGACAGUGACCCUGAGAAAGCUCUCAGAACCGAGUACUUUGAAGCUGAGCCCGAGGACUUGGUGGCAGGGAUCAAGAUCAAGCAUCUGUCCAAGGUGUUCCAAGUGGGGAAUAAGGACAAGACAGCUGUCAGGGACCUGAACCUGAACUUGUAUGAGGGGCAGAUCACCGUCCUGCUGGGCCACAACGGUGCAGGGAAGACCACCACCCUUGCCAUGCUCACAGGACUCUUUCCCCCUACUAGUGGACGUGCAUAUAUUAGUGGGUAUGAAAUUUCCCAAGACAUGGUUCAAAUCCGGAAGAGUUUGGGCCUGUGCCCCCAGCACGACAUUCUUUUUGACAACCUGACGGUGGUGGAACAUCUCUACUUCUAUGCGCAGUUGAAAGGCCUGUCUCAGCAGAAGUGCCCUGAGGAAGUCAAGCAGAUGCUGCACAUCCUCAAUCUGGAGGACAAACACAACUCACGGUGCAAGUUCCUGAGUGGGGGCAUGAAACGCAAGCUGUCCAUCGGCAUCGCCCUCAUAGCAGGCUCCAAGGUGCUGAUGCUGGACGAGCCCACCUCAGGCAUGGAUGCCAUCUCCAGGAGGGCCAUCUGGGACCUUCUUCAGCAGCAGAAGAGUGACCGUACCAUCCUCCUGACCACCCACUUCAUGGACGAGGCUGACCUACUGGGGGACCGCAUUGCCAUCAUGGCCAAGGGGGAGCUGCAGUGCUGUGGGUCAUCACUGUUCCUCAAGCAGAAAUAUGGUGCUGGCUAUCACAUGACGCUGGUAAAGGAGCCACACUGCAACCCUGAAGGCAUCUCCCAGCUGGUGCACCACCAUGUCCCCAAUGCCACACUGGAAAGCAGUGUUGGGGCUGAGCUGUCCUUUAUACUUCCCAAGGAGAGCACGCACAGGUUUGAAAGUCUUUUCACUAAACUGGAAAAUAAGCAGAAGGAAUUGGGCAUCGCCAGCUUCGGGGCCUCUGUCACCACCAUGGAGGAAGUCUUCCUUCGGGUUGGAAAGUUGGUAGACACCAGCAUGGACAUCCAAGCCAUCCAGCUCCCUGCCCUGCAGUACCAGCACGAGAGGCGGGCGAGCGACUGGGCUGUGGACAGCAAUCUGUGCGGAGUGAUGGACCCGACUGACGGCAUUGGCACCCUCAUCGAGGAGGAGUACACUGUGGUCAAGCUCAACACUGGGCUUGCCCUCCACUGCCAGCAGUUCUGGGCCAUGUUCCUGAAAAAGGCCACAUACAGCUGGCGGGAGUGGAAGAUGGUGGCAGCCCAGGUCCUGGUCCCCUUGACCUGCGUCACCCUAGCCCUCUUGGCCAUCAACUAUUCCUUGGAGGUCUUCGAUGAUCCCAUCCUGAAGCUGAGCUUGAGCGAAUACGGCAGAACUGUGGUGCCCUUCUCAGCUCCCGGCACCUCUCGACUGGAUCAGCAGCUGUCGGAGCUCUUGAGAGACGUGCUGCAGGCUGAGAGGCAGGAGCCUCGCGAGGUGCUGGGUGACCUGGAAGAGUUCCUGGUUUUCAGGGCAUCAGUAGAAGGAGGCGGCUUUAAUGAGCGGUGCCUGGUGGCAACAUCCUUCAGAGACGUGGGAGAGCGGACGGUGGUCACCGCCUUAUUCAACAACCAGGCUUACCACUCCCCAGCCACCGCCCUGGCCAUCGUGGACAACCUUCUAUUCAAGCUGCUGUGUGGCCCUCGGGCCUCCAUCAUGGUCUCCAACUACCCCCAGCCCCGGAGUGCCCUACAGGCUGCCAAGGACCAGUUCAAUGAGGGCCGAAAGGGGUUCAACAUUGCCCUCAAUUUGCUAUUUGCCAUGGCAUUCCUGGCCAGCACCUUUUCCAUCCUGGCAGUCAGUGAGAGGGCCGUCCAGGCCAAGCAUGUCCAGUUGGUGAGCGGUGUCCAUGUGGCUACUUUCUGGUUCUCUGCUCUGCUAUGGGACCUCAUCUCCUUCUUGGUCCCUGCUCUGCUGCUGUUGGUGGUGUUCAGAGCCUUCGAUGUUCGCGCCUUCACGCGGGAUGGACACAUGGCUGACGUGCUGCUGCUGCUUAUGCUCUACGGCUGGGCCAUCAUCCCCUUUAUGUACCUCAUGAGCUUCUUCUUCUCGGGCGCAUCCACCGCCUACACCAGGCUGACCAUCUUCAACAUUCUGUCAGGCAUUGCCACCUUCCUCGUGGUCACCAUCAUGCGCAUCCCAGCAGUGAAGCUCGAAGAACUUUCCAGAACCCUGGAUCACGUGUUCCUGGUGCUGCCCAACCACUGUCUGGGGAUGGCUGUCAGCAGUUUCUAUGAGAACUAUGAGACACAGCGGUACUGCACCUCCUCAGAGGUCGCCGCCCACUACUGCAAGAAAUACAAUAUUAAGUACCAGGAGAACUUCUUCGCCUGGAGUGCCCCAGGGGUUGGCAGGUUCAUGACCUCCAUGGCUGCCUCAGGGUGUGCCUACCUCACCCUGCUCUUCCUCAUUGAGACCAACCUGCUGUGGAGACUGAGGACCUUUAUCUGUGCCUUCCAGAAGAGGUGGACAUUGGAAGAAUUGCACAACCGGACAUCGGUGCUUCCCGAGGACCAGGAUGUGGCAGAUGAGAGGAGCCGAGUCCUGGCCCCUGGCCUGGACAUCCUGCUGCACACGCCUCUGACCAUCAGGGAGCUCUCCAAGGUGUAUGAGCAGCGGGUGCCCCUCCUGGCUGUGGACAGGAUCUCCCUCACUGUCCAGAAAGGGGAGUGCUUUGGCCUGCUGGGCUUCAACGGAGCCGGGAAAACCACGACAUUCAAGAUGUUGACUGGGGAGGAGCCCAUCACCUCAGGGGAUGCCUUUGUUGAGAGCUACAGCAUCAGCUCUGACAUUGGGAAGGUGCGGCAGCGGAUGGGCUACUGUCCCCAGUUUGAUGCCCUGUUGGAUCACAUGACUGGCCGGGAGAUGCUGGUCAUGUAUGCUCGGCUCCGAGGCAUCCCUGAGCACUUCAUUGACCCCUGCGUGGAGAACACACUGCGGGGCCUGCUCCUGGAGCCACAUGCCAAUAAGCUGGUCAGGACCUACAGUGGUGGUAACAAGCGCAAAUUGAGCACUGGCAUCGCCCUCAUUGGAGAUCCUGCAGUCAUCUUCCUGGAUGAGCCAUCCACCGGCAUGGACCCCGUGGCUCGGCGCCUGCUCUGGGACACUGUGGCCCGGGCCCGUGAGUCUGGCAAGGCCAUUGUCAUUACCUCCCACAGCAUGGAGGAGUGUGAGGCCUUGUGCACCCGGCUGGCCAUCAUGGUGCAGGGUCAGUUCAAGUGCCUGGGAAGCCCACAGCACCUCAAGAGCAAGUUUGGCAGCGGCUACUCCCUACGGGCCAAAGUCCGAAGUGAAGGGCAGCAGGAGGCACUGGAGGAGUUCAAGGCAUUUGUAGACCUGACCUUUCCAGGCAGUGUCCUAGAAGAUGAGCACCAAGGCAUGGUCCACUAUCACCUGCCUGGUGGCAACCUCAGCUGGGCCAAGGUUUUUGGUAUCCUGGAGAAAGCCAAGGAGAAGUAUGGAGUGGAUGACUACUCAGUGAGCCAGAUCUCACUGGAGCAAGUCUUUCUGAGCUUCGCCCACCUACAACCCCCCACUACAGAGGAGGGGCGAUGAGGAGCCGUCUGCUGCCUCCAGGGCACUAGGCAGGGACUGGACAAGCCUGUGCACAGUUGUGUACCCUCUCCAUCUGAGUUUCUCUUAUCCUUUAUUUUUAAUCACUUUUUUCUAUGAUGAUAUGAAAAAAAAUCAAGGCAGUCUGCACAGAAUGGAUCAAGUGUGCCAGGGCCCUUGUAUGAAAAUCAGCAUGCAAAUUUCCACUCCCAAAGGCAGACUCUAUGGAACUCACAUUCCCAGGCCCAGAACAGGUCCAGCAGUGUGAACAGGUGAAGAGCUGUCUCAGGACCACAGCUGACCCAGAGACUGAAUUUCUCUACAUGUUCACAGAAAGAAAGGGCUCUGGGACCUGUCCACGUUUACAUAUGCACUAAGCUCCCCUGGGGAGGACAGAGGAAGCCAGUAGGGAUGAGUUGUGGCAAGGCUCUUCAGGCUGCUGAGGACAAAAAGUUUCAAAUGACCUCCAUCUGUGAAGGAAAGAUAUCAGCUGUGACUAGGUGCUGAGACCUCAGUUUCCAGUGCAUCCCAGAGGCACCCCAGAGUCGAUGCUCCUCAGGGUGUGGCUACCACUCCAGGCCUACCUGACCGCAGCCCAGCACCCUCCCACAAGUAUCUUCCAGAAGCAGCCAGCACAGGGAGAGACGGUGGCCAGACUAGGCAUACAGUCCUCCUCUGUUCCCAGCUGUAACUCUUGAGAAGCUACUGGCCACAGGACAGUCAGGAAACACUACAGGGACUAAGCAGCUGUCUCCUGCGCAUACACUAAACACACUAUGACCGUCCAGAAAAUAAAGGCUGAGGGAACAUGA